AUGCUGGAAGCCCAAGGUGAAGUCAUCACUUGGGCUGUAUUUAGAAGUAGUUUUCUGGGAAAGUUUUUCCCUUCCCAUGUUCGUGCUUCCAAAGAGCGGGAGUUUCUAAACUUGGUGCAAGGAAACUCAUCAGUCUAUGAGUAUGCAAUACAGUUUGAGCGGCUUUACAGAUUUAAUUGUCACCCGACCUUGGAGGAGUGGAGAUGUCAGAGGUUUUCAGACGGGCUGAGAACUGACAUAAAGAGGAUUUUGAUUCCACUCAGGAUCAUGGAGUUUGCUGACUUGGUGAAUCAAGCCACCAUUAUAGAGAGUCUUAACGCAAAGGAUGUUGGUGGAGUUGGGAAGGCUCCAUCUAGUAGAGCUACUAGUAGCUAUGGUAAUGGAAGUAAGGGUGCUAAGAAGGGCCCCUACAGUCGGUCGCUACGCCAACAACAAUCUCGACCAUCUCAGUCGAGAGGAUUGGCAGCAUCAGCCCCGGUGCCAAUAGGGACUGCUACUUCUGCAUUUCAGCCUGGGGGAGCAACUUCUUCUGCUCCUAGAGUCUCAGUGCCGCAGAUUGUCAGAUGUUUCAGGUGUGGUGGGCCACACUACCUGAGCCAGUGCCCACAGGCUGAUGUCAGGGUUUGCUUCUCGUGCCAGCAGCCAGGGCAUCUUGCUAGGGACUGUCCUACGCCUAGUGGGGCAGUUUCGUCUUCUGCUAGCGCCUUGCACGCUGUGAGACCUAAAGCGACUAGAGCUCCAACGACAACCAGAUCGAGAGCAGAGGGACGUGUAUUCACUACUUCUGCAUCAGAGGCAGCUCAAGCAAUGGAUCUCGUCCAGGGGACAGCGGUAGUGGCAGUACGAGAGUUCCCUGAGAUUUUUCUAGAGGAUAUUCCUGGAAUACCUCCACGUAGAGAGGUGGAGUUUUCUAUAGAUUUGAUUCCUGGAGCUGAGCCAGUGUCUGUAGCACCUUACAGAAUGGCGCCGAAAGAGUUGAUGGAGCUUAAGGAGCAGAUCAAGGAUCUAAAGCGGAAACAGAUGAUUAGGCCGAUGAAGGAUGAAGAUAUUCCUAAGACUGCUUUUCGCACUAGAUAUGGCCACUAUGAGUAUAUAGUGAUGCCUUUUGGAGUCACAAAUGCUCCAGCUGUGUUUAUGGACUACAUGAAUCGGAUCUUUAGACCUUUCCUGGAUCGAUUUGUGGUAGUCUUUAUUGAUGAUAUUUUGAUUUAUUCUAGUUCGUCAGAGGAACAUGCAGAGCAUUUGAGGACUGUACUUAGUGUUUUAAGGAAGAAACAAUUGUAUGCUAAACUGUCUAAGUGUGAGUUUUGGCUAGAGGAAGUGAAGUUCCUUGGCCAUGUUAUAUCCGCUAAGGGAAUUGCAGUUGAUCCUUCCAAAGUUGAAGCGAUGUUGCAGUGGGAAAGGCCUAAGACAGCCACAGAGAUUCAUAGUUUUGUGGGCCUAGCAGGCUACUACCGAAGAUUUAUAAAGGGAGUUGCGAAGAUAGCUGCACCAUUAACAUGGUUAACUCGCCGUGAUCAACCCUUUGUAUGGACUGAGGAAUGUGAACAAAGCUUUAAUGAGUUGAAGCAUAGAUUAACUUCCUCGCCAGUGUUAAUUCUCCCUGAUACUAGUCGACCGUUCGAGGUGUACUAUGAUGCUUCCCAUCAGGGAUUGGGAUGUGUGUUGAUGCAAGAUAAGAGAGUGGUAGCUUAUGCAUCUCGCCAAUUGCGAACUCAUGAGCGAAAUUACCCGAUUCAUGACCUUGAGUUAGCUGCUGUGGUCUUUGCUCUAAAGGUAUGGCGGCACUAUCUUUAUGGAGCUCAGUUUGAUGUAUAUAGUGAUCACAAGAGUCUGAAGUAUUUAUUUGAUCAGCGAGAGUUAAAUAUGAGGCAGAGACGUUGGGUGGAAUUCCUUAAGGAUUAUGAUUUUCAGCUCCAAUACCAUCCAGGAAAAGCUAACGUGGUGGCCGAUGCAUUAAAAGCUAUGGGCACACAAUUGAGGUUGAGUUCUGCAUAUCAUCCGCAGACAGAUGGUCAAUCUGAGCGUACUAUUCAGACCUUAGAAGACUUAUUGCAGACUUGUAUUGUAGAGCAGAGAAGUGUGGGGCGAGCCUUAAGAGCCAAGAAGUUAACACCUAAGUUUAUAGGACCGUAUCAGAUAUUACAUCGUAGAGGACCAGUAGCCUAUGAAUUAGCGUUACCACCUCGGUUGUCAGGACUACAUAAUGUUUUCCAUGUGUCGCAGCUAAGAAAGUAUGUUUCUGAUUCGUCUCAUGUAAUUGAGCCUGAUGUUGUGGAGUUAUGA